CCGGCGCACUCCAGGGCGACACCUGGCGCGAGGUUCCUGCGUCCCGCGAGGCUCCUGCGUCCCCGCCGAGCCUCGGAGACCCUCAGUUCUGCGACGCCAGAGAACAUGAUGAGGAAUUGGCUGAUGACGUGUGUCCUUUUCUCCUUGAAGCUUGUGGAGCAAUGUGAGACCACCAGCACCCUCAUGGUUCCUCCUGUCGUGAAGCUGGAAAACGGCAGCUCCACCAAUGUCAGCAUCACCCUGGGGCACCCGUUACAUACAAGCUUGGUGAUCACUUUAGAAGUCACAUUCCAUUCCAAAAAUGUCACCAUCCUGCAGCUGCCUGAUGAGGUGGUGGUGCCUCCUGGAAUGACCAAUUCCUCUUUUCAAGUGACAUCUCAAAAUGUUGGACAAGUUACCGUUUACCUGCACCGCAACGAUUCCAACCAGACCGGCCCAAGGAUCCGCUUCUUGGUGGUCCACAGCAACACCAUCAGCAUCAUAAACCAGGUGAUUGGCUGGAUCUACUUUGUGGCCUGGUCCGUCUCCUUCUACCCUCAGGUCAUCAAGAACUGGAGGCGGAAAAGUGUUGUAGGUCUAAGCUUCGACUUCGUGGCCCUGAACCUGACAGGUUUUGUGGCCUACAGCGUGUUCAACAUCGGCCUCCUCUGGGUGCCCUAUAUUAAGGAGCAGUUUCUCCACAAGUACCCCAAUGGCGUGAACCCUGUGGACACUAACGACGUCUUCUUCAGCCUGCACGCAGUCAUCCUCACGCUGGUUGUGCUUGUACAGUGCUGCCUGUAUGAGCGAGGCGACCAGCGUGUGUCCAGGCCAGCCAUCGGCUUCCUGCUGCUCUCCUGGCUCUUCGUGUUCGUCACCAUGAUUGUGGCUGCAGUCGGGGUCACCACGUGGUUGCAGUUUCUCUUCUGCUUCUCCUACAUCAAGCUCGCAGUCACAUUGGUCAAGUAUUUCCCACAGGCCUAUAUGAACUUUCGCUACAAAAGCACCGAGGGCUGGAGCAUUGGCAAUGUGCUCCUGGACUUCACCGGGGGCAGUUUCAGCCUCCUCCAGAUGUUCCUUCAGUCCUACAACAAUGAUCAGUGGACCUUGAUCUUCGGAGACCCAACCAAGUUUGGACUCGGCGUCUUCUCCAUCUUCUUCGACAUCAUCUUCUUCAUCCAGCAUUUCUGCUUGUACAGGAAGAAACCUGGGUACGACGAGCUGAACUAGCACCUAGGGACAUGGUGGGGAAGGCCCGGCCAGGCCCAAGAGUGGGCCAGGUGUGCGGUAGAAGUGUUGUCUUCUCAGGGCCAGAUGGCUUAAACUUGAGCCAGCCCGCCUGCAUCCAGGCCCAGCCUCUGGGACAGAAGCAUGCCAGACUGCUCGGAAACUAAAAAGCCAGCCCUUGGGCAGUCAUCCACAGGC